AUGUCUGUGGUCAGACACGUGCCCUACAUCUGGACGUCGGGCCGCAUCGACUCCAGCGGCUAUUUCUUCUGGACCGCGAGGGGCCGCCUGGUGAAGCCCUUCAACUGGUCCAGGACCGGCGGCGCGGGACGACCCCAGCCCGACAACCGCGAGGGCCAUGAGGACUGCCUGGCCGUGCUCAACAACGUCUACAAUGACGGUAUCGUGUGGCACGACGUCGCCUGCGAUCACCGCAAGCCCUUCAUCUGCGAGUGA